AUGUGCAAGUGCUGCAGCAUCAAAUGCUGGUUCAUUUUUUUCAAUACUCUAAUUUUGGCAUCAGGGGUGGCCCUCAUCACUAUCGGAGCAAUGCAAUACUCCGCGUACUUACAGAUGGGCAUAUUUGCUGGGAGCAGCCUGUCUAAAAUCGCUAUAAUCCUCCUUACCGUGGGUAUCGUCAUAGCCCUCAUCUCCAUCUUGGGGCAUAUUGGAGCAACCAUGGAUAAUUAUGUUACGUUGGCUUGUUUCAUCUGUAUCCUGGUGGUGACCAUCAGUUUGGAGAUACUCACAGGGGCCAGCUUUUACGUAUUUCGCAGCAGGAUUGCCAUCCUACAGGUGAAUAGUGAUAUCAACACCAAAGCACGAGGAGGGGUCUAUGAGUACAUCCCAGGGAACAGAUAUGCAAUCAACAGAAUUCAAGAAAAGUUCAGCUGCUGUGGUGCAGACACUUACACUGACUGGUUCAGAAGUGUGGGUUGGAAUAACCACACCGUUGUGCCAGAUUCCUGCUGCAUAGUGAAGAGUGAGGGAUGUGGACAAGACAAGUCUAAAGUACACAAAAAGGGUUGUAUCUGGGCUAUCAAGCUCUUUCUGUUGAGCAACCUGGUGUCAGUCGGUGCUGUCUGCAUGGCUCUAGGAGUUGCAGAGGUUUUUGGAAUAUUAGUCGGGGUGUGCUUGUGUCUGGCCGUAAAACGAAAAGAAUAUGAAAGCGUUGACUGAGGCAUCUUAGUGUUCGAGCACAGAUGUCUUCACACAUCUCUAAA